CAUACUGGUUCAGUUGUUGAUUUGUUCGUGUGCGGACGAGCUAGUCAGUCGUUCACUUACACAUUGUAUAUAAAUAAUUGUAUAUUGUUUUUUAAUAUGUAAAGGCAAUCAUUUUUAUCUAUUCAUAUUCUAAUAUUAAAAAUAAUACAUUUAUAUGAAGAAUAAUAUAUAAUACAAGCAAUUUGCUGACUCUUCACCGACUCACAAAUUGCCAUCUCUAAUGGAACAAUCCAAUUACCAAACUAUCGUUGCACAACGAUAGUUAUUAGCGCAGCAAAUAUGCACAGCUUUUAUCGCUGUUGCAAUCGAUGUUUUACAAUCUUUAUUGGCAUUAAAUAAAAAAGUAAAUCAAAGUAAGAGGUCAAUUGUUAGUUACAAUUACAAAAGCCAACUGUCAGUGCAUAUAAAAUGGGUAAUUGCUUGAAAAUGAGCAGUCCAGAUGACAUUUCACUUUUGCGAGGCAGCGAUAGCAUCAUUAGUGCACAGGACAAUGGACCAAUGCCAAUUUAUCAGCAGGAGCCGAUGCCACAGCUGUUCUAUCAAACGGUCAGUGGCAAUACAUCUGGCAACGCUGUCGCCGCUGCCACUCACAUGUCCGAAGAGGAUCAGAUAAAAAUAGCAAAGCGCAUUGGAUUAGUUCAACAUUUGCCGAUUGGCACGUAUGACAGCAACUCAAAGAAAGCAGCACGCGAAUGCGUCAUUUGUAUGGUGGAAUUUAGCAACGAGGAAGCCGUUCGCUAUUUGCCCUGCAUGCACAUUUAUCAUGUGAACUGCAUCGACGAUUGGCUAAUGCGUAGUUUAACCUGCCCCAGUUGCUUGGAACCGGUGGAUGCGGCUCUACUCACUAGCUAUGAGACAACAUAGCGUAUAUAAAAUAUGACUUUUAUUGCGUUUGCGCGCGUGAGCUUUUAUUAUUAUUAUGAAUAUUAUUCAAAAAUCAUUGGCGAGCGUCAGUUUUAAAUACGUCACAACACGAACGGAAGAGAAUGGGAGAGCGAACGCAUAAACAGCGAGUGAGCAGAGUAAUCGCGUGAGCAGCGAGGGAACUUGUGAGCAGCGAGGCAGCAGAGUGAACGCUUGAGCAAGCAAACGAACUCGCUCGCAAGCGAACGCAUGAGCAAAGCACUCAAAGGAAACGCAAAAGAAAAGAAAAUAACACAAAACUUCAGAAAGCAAACGAAAAUGAAAAGGAAAUCAAAAACAAAGCAAUUCAGCUGAGAUCAGGACAUACAUUGUUUUUGGGGUUUAUUAUACAUAUACCACAUAACACACACAUACACACACAAGUAGAAAUACUAUUUGACAUUGUUGUAAACAGUGUAAAAAACAUUACGUUCUAAUUUUUAUUUGUUCGUUUUUAGUUGUUCAAUUGACUUAACGAAAUAAAAUACAUGUAAUUAAAUUAUGUAUCAAUAAAAAAUAACUCGAUCGGUGUACAUAUAAAAUAUUUAAAUAUCUGAUAAACGUUAUUUAAAGCAAAAUCCUUAAAAAA